AUGCUGAUGACGUACCGAUACAAAGUGCACGUCAUCCAGUCUCCGUUAAAGCACCGAAUGUCCCCGCAUCCGAUGCCCGGAGGCUCUUGUAAUAGAGGCAUGCGGCAGACAUGUGCCUACCGCGUGCGCCCAAUCCUCCUGCGACGGAUCGGAUGUGAGAACACAUCGUCUUCCCUCAUCCGCUCCGCCGUCUCCUUCGCUCUUAGCACCGCCUCGCAAAAGGCGGAAACUGCUUUCCACGCCCUGUCGCUAUCGACCAUAGCCUUGACUACGACCGGCAGUGACAGGUCGCUCCCAACCACGGAGAUCAUGUUGGAUCGUACGUCGCCCCAUGCUGGACAUUCGGUGCUACUACCUUCAUACACUGGAUCUGUCAUUCCAACAUUCGACAUAAGACAUCAAGACUCUCGCGUAGUCGGCGGUGAAGAUGCUCCAGAGGGAGGAAUUCCUUACCAGGUCUCUCUGAGAACCCUCUUCAACUCACACUUCUGUGGUGGCUCCAUCCUGAGCAGCAAAUGGGUAUUGACAGCUGCUCACUGCACAGUUGGAGAAUCUCGCCUUAGCAUUCGUGUAGUUGUCGGCACCAAUGACCUCACAGUGGGCGGUGACCGCUACUCUGUGGACACCAUCAUUAUCCACUCCAAUUACGAUGAAAAACGUAUCAAGAACGACAUUAGCCUGUUGAAAGUCUCUGGCGAGAUCAGUUUCAACGAUAAGGUGCAGCCGAUUCAACUGCCUGAAGUCAAUACUGAAGAGGGAGCCAAUUUGAUGCUCAGUGGAUGGGGAAGAACUUCUGACCCUGGAAAUACACCCACCCAUCUACAAAUGAUCAACUUAACUGCUCUCAGUGUGGAAACAUGUCAGGGUAUUUAUGUGGCUAUCAACCCCGUUUAUGAUAGUCAGGUCUGCACGCUCACCAGGACCGGGCAGGGCGCUUGUUACGGCGACUCAGGUGGCCCACUAGUGGAAAACAAGACAAUAGUGGGAGUGGUAUCGUGGGGUAUGCCCUGCGCUCGAGGAUAUCCUGACGUGUAUACGAGGGUCUUCGCCUUCAAAGACUGGAUACUGAAACAGAUUUCCAGCACCGAGGCGAAAAUAGGAAAAUUCGUGACCUAACGUUUAAAGAUAAUAAGCAUUACAUACUGAAUAGGGGUUUUUUUUAAUACCACGC